AUGAUUGGAUUACCAUUGGACGGUGAAGCCACGACAAAGAGAAGAAAGUACACGAUCAUUGGAGGAUUGACUUUCAUCGUUUUACUAGUUGUUUUCUUUUCAACAAACUUGUUCAACUAUUUCAAGAUUGCAAUCACGCCAAUUCCUGAUGGAAACUCCAACACCUGCCCCUUGCAAGAUUUGAUUGCCCCUCCCUCAUUCCACAAGGACAACUCUUCUGUGUUGAAUAUCUUGCAUGAUUCAAAGUACAGAAAACAAUCAAUUGAGAGAUUAUCUGGAGCUAUUCAGAUUGACACUCAAAUUUUUGACAAUCAACCUGAUGUUGAUGAUGCACCUGAAGUGUGGUCAAAAUUCAAAAAGUUCCACAAGUACUUGCAACAUACCUUCCACUUGGUAUACGAAAACUUGGAGGUGACUACAGUCAACACCUAUGGGUUGGUUUAUACUUGGAAAGGGGCAAACAAAAACCUCAAACCAAUCUUGUUAGCUGCUCACCAAGACACUGUACCAAUUCAACGAGAUACAUUGGAUAAAUGGACUUACCCACCAUUGGAAGGUCACUAUGAUGGAGAAUACAUUUACGGCAGAGGAGCUUUUGAUUGCAAAAAUGUCUUGAUUGCUAUUUUGGAAUCGUUGGAGCUUCUACUCAAACAAGGUUAUAAUCCAAAUAGAACCAUUAUUGCUGCCUUUGGAUUCGAUGAGGAGGCAUCAGGUCAUCACGGUGCCGCUAAGAUAAGCAAAUACUUGGAGGCAAAAUGGGGCAAGAAUUCAGUCUAUGCUUUGAUUGAUGAAGGACCUGGCUUGGUCACAAAUCCAAUAACUGACACCAUAAUCGCUUUACCAGCCACUGGUGAAAAAGGGUACAUUGACAUUUACGCUGAAUUGACAACAUCUGGUGGUCACUCGUCAAUGCCACCUGACCACACUUCGAUCGGUAUUAUGUCUCAAUUGAGUUGUCUCCUUGAAGAAGAGCCUUAUGAGCCAAUAUUGACUGAAACGAACCCCAUACUCAAAUCCCUUCAAUGUCUUGCUGUACAUGAUCCUAAAAUGAAGAUGCCCAGGCUAUUCAAAAAGGUUAUUUUGAGAUCAGCGUUUGACAAGUUUGCAAACUCGAAGUUGGUGGCUAAAAUUGGUGAAAAUAGGUAUUUCAAAUAUUUGGUGAAAACAUCACAAGCAUUGGAUAUCGUUAAAGGAGGUGAAAAGGUUAAUGCGUUGCCUGAGGAUACUAAACUAGGUGUAAAUCACCGUAUUGAUGUUGAGUCUAAUGUAGCAUUCGUCAAACAGCAUUUUACCGAACGUGUAGUUGAGAUUGCCAAGAAGCACAAUUUGAGAGUUACUGCAUUUGGGAAGAUUGCUUACGAGCCUGAGGGAGCUAUAAAUAUUGGUGAGUUCAAAAUCACUUGUGACGCUCCAUUGGAAUCUGCUCCACUCACCCCAACGGACGACAAAGUUUGGUCGUAUUUGUCUGGUGUUACAAGACAUGUGUUUGAGGAUAUAGUGUUUACCAAUUUGACAUAUAGGAUUGUAACCGCACCAGCACUCAUGACCCCAAAUACUGAUACGAGAUACUAUUGGAAUUUGACAAAACACAUUUUCAGGUAUUCACCAUUUUAUAUUGCCAACAUACUUGAAAGUGGAAUACAUUCAGUGGACGAGAAAUUACAGUUUGAUGCGCAUUUGCAAUUACAUGCUUGGUUCUAUGAAUACUUGCAAGCUAUCGAUACCACAAAGGCUGAGAAUUAA